GUAUGUGUGUGAGAGAAAAAGGCUGUGCGUGACAUUUAGAGUAUCUGUGUGCGCUCGCGCUCGUGCACGUGCGUGCGUGUAGAGAAAGAUAGAGCGAGAGCUAUCCAGGUUGGCGCAGGCACCGGUCCCGGAGAACGGAGCGUUGUGCACGGUGGCAGCAUGGCUUCGUCUCAUGGGAGAAACGACAUGCGGUUCGCUGACUGGAUGGCAAGUUUACCGCAGAGCAUGCACACUAUUCCGCUCACCAACCUGGCUAUUCCCGGUUCCCAUGAUUCCUUUAGUUUUUACAUUGACGAGGCGUCUCCAGUGGGCCCCGAGCAGCCAGAGACCGUGCAGAACUUUGUGUCUGUUUUUGGCACGGUGGCCAAGAAGCUAAUGAGAAAAUGGUUGGCUACACAGACCAUGAACUUCACCAGCCAACUGGAGGCUGGGGUUCGUUUCUUUGACCUGCGCAUCUCCACCAAGCCCCGUGACCCCGACAAUGAGCUGUUCUUCGCCCACGGACUAUUCAGUGCCACGGUCAGAGAAGGUGUAGAGCAGAUCAGCAGUUUCCUGUCAGCUCAUGCCAGAGAGGUUGUGUUCCUGGACUUCAACCACUUCUACGGCGUGCAGAACCUGCACCAUGAAAAAUUGGUGGCCAUGUUAAAAGAGGUGUUUGGAGACAAACUCUGCCCGGUCGUCUUUGCUCAGGAGGUGUCUCUGCAGUAUCUGUGGGAGAAGGAGUACCAGGUGCUUGUCUUCUACCAUCACCCCAUGGCCCUGGAGGUGCCCUUCCUUUGGCCCGGGCAGAUGAUGCCCUCUCCAUGGGCCAACACCACCGACCCAGAGAAGCUGAUUCAGUUUCUCCAGGCGUCAGUUACUGAUCGGAGGAGGAAGGGGACCUUCUUUGUCUCCCAGGUGGUUCUGACACCGAAGGCCAGCACUGUGAUGAAGGGCGUGGCUAGUGGACUGAGAGAGACAAUCACAGAGAGGGCCUUACCGGGCAUGAUGCAGUGGAUCAGGUCACAGAGACCCGGGGAGAGCGGCAUCAACAUUAUCACAGCUGACUUUGUAGAGCUCGGAGAAUUCAUCAGCGCUGUCAUCACCCUCAACUAUCACCUGGGCGACGAAGAUGAUGACGCCACCUGAGAGCCCACAGUGGGCGUUAAGGAGCACAGUCACCACUAUCACUAGAGGCUUUGUCUGUGCUCUCACUCUUUUCUCUUUGGCAUUUAUUUCAGGAGGGGAGCUGCACUGCUCCUUUCAAUUUAUUUAGGGCUAUAGUGAAUUGCGAGCUCAAUUGGCAGAAGGAUGUUGAGGUAAGGGAAGUUGGGAUUGGGAGAAACAACUAUGGUGUUAGGUUAGAGCACAAAGAGAAUGAGGUUUGGUUUCCUAUAUUGGGGAUCAAAAUCGUCAAAUGUUUUUUCUUUACUUUUUAAAAAAUAACAGUGUUCUCCACUGAUUAAAUGCACUGUCUUCAGGCAAAGCACUUCACCUGGAAUAGAUUGCUCUCAGCAUAUCAACAUUCUGCUAAAUGAAUUGGUACAUCAUUUAUGGUAUUCUAGUAAAAGUUAUUUUAGCAGACAUUAUUAAAAAGAGUUUUUGUAACUUAAACCACUCAGUUUGUAGGCUAAUUUAAGUUGUGGUUUUUCUCUGUCCUGGAGACGUUUUUAUUACAACAUGCAUUCUGAGUCAGAUCACUGCGAGUGUUUCUGAAAAGCAUUUCAAUAAGAAUUAUUUUAAGUGUCAUGACAAUGAGUUUAUUCAAUAUAUAGACAAGAAAACAACCUUUGUAAUGUUUCUUCAGCAGUUAUCUCACAGUUGGCUUUUUUCUUUUACUUAUCUGAAAUAAGCUUGCAGCCUGGACAUUGAUCAGACACCAUUUUUUGUCAUUUAUUCACUAAUUAAAAAACACAGAGAAAUAGAGAGGGAGAGUGAAGCUUUGUUUGCCAGGAAAAAGGUACCCUUCACAACAUGUGUACUUUAUAUGUGGUGCAUCAAAACCAAACAAUAAUUGAAACAAUGUCAUUGUGCAAGGUGAUUGUGCAAGAAAAAACAAUUUCUCUAAGAUAGCUAGUAAUGCUUUCAAUGUUACUAGCCACCUCUAACAGUAAGGAAUCCAACGUGUCACAUGUAUUGCAUUUUGUGGUGGGUGCUGAGUCGUGAUAGCCAAGUAUAAAAAUACAGUAGAUCUGGGUAUGAGCUUUUCUCAGCUGUCAGUGUGUGCACCUUUACUUACUGCUGGAGUGCAGUAUAUGUGAGUCAUCAUAUGAUGUAUCACAGUGUUGUUUCUUUCAUAAUGACAGGUGAUAGGGUUUCUUGACUCUGACUCAGAGUCCCAUUUCAUUUCAAGUCAGAAAAGGCUGAACCUCAUCAUUUGGAGUCUGGGGGUCUUGAUGUCGCAAGUGUCUUUUGACACUUGUUAAAUGUUUGGUUUAAUAUCUAGCUGUAACUCUUUGGUGUCUACCUAAUUAGGUGUUUCAUGUUUCUGAAUGUUACUGAAUCAUCCGAUUUGUGCUAUAUCAUUUAGCACACCUUUAUUUUAAAUGUGUCUUUAAUGGCUUUCAAAAUGUAACUUGCAGUAUUUUACUAAGAUGGAAAAUACCAUGAAAUUGCACCAAGAAAGAUAAAAAGAAUAUUUUUAUUGCAAAGUUUUACACAUUAUGCAUGAAAACAAUCACAUACAAGUCAAACCACACAGCCUAUGAUCAGUGUGGCAUUUUCUGCUGAGAAUGUAUUAUGUCAGGACACUGUUGUCUAGUUUGGUAAUGUACAACCAAAACGGAAAACUCAACUCGUUGGAUUUGUGAAUGUAUGUCAUGUGAGUAACUGUGCCAUUUCUAAAAAGUAACAUGUGAUUGAGAGACUGAGUUCUAGCUAGAAAGUCCUUUUUGUAUUGUAUGCUUCAAUGUGGAGCUGAGUUCAAGUUUUAGAGUUUAAACCGUACUUCUUUACUUCAGUGUGUUUUCAUGUUAAAAUGUUUUAUAUUGUGAAAAUGAGUCUGUACAUACUGUAAUUGCAAAUUGUAUCCUGCCGUUAAAUUGCAAAAUCAUUGCUAACAACUUCUUAACUUUGACCUAAACUACGCUAUCAUACACUUUUUUAUAUUUUCAGUUUUGUGCAUGAAGCGAACAGUUCUACAUCUACCUAUUUUUGUUGAGCUUCUCGUCUUUUCUGCAUAUUAUUCUGCAGACCAUGGGUGCAUCUUAGUUACACAGAAAACACAUAAAAUUUAUUUUUAAAUGUUGCACUGCUAUCCCAUACAGAUUAAGAAUAAAGCCACACACAUUUUCAAACUUGAAAAGGCUUGUAAAAUGUGUUGUACAGACAUUUGUGUCUUCCCUGGUCCAAACUGUUGUCAUUGCCUUUAUGGUCUGGUGUCAAAAGAGUCCUUUGCUGUUGUUAAAAUCCAAAGCUUUUGUUCUGAAGUUACUCUGUUCUCAGUGAAAACGGCAAAUCGAAUAAAGCUUCUAUGCCUAAA